AGCAUGUUGGCAUUCCUGAUGCAACGUAUAAAAUUGUACAAAAUUGUCAAGAUUGCAAAUUUUACUGAUAGGACAAGGCUUUGACGUAAUGACGUAAAUAGGAAAAUGAAAAAGAAAUGCUAAGUACUUGUGUAGUGAGUGAGUGUUCAAUCGGGCGUUAAUAUUUACUUAACAGAUAUCUACCCACUUUGUAAUUGAUUUACUGAAAUUUAGUAAUAACGCGAUGCAUAUCCGUUUCCUUCGUUAUACUGCCGUUAGAACAGAGUCUUUUGUCUCGAAAUCUGGUUCGCCCUGACUAAAAUAACGAAUAAAAUAGAAUUUUGUGUUUAACUACCAUGGAGUCCGAGUAUCAGCCGAAAAUUAGUCCGAUGCGAGCAUAUUCAGUUAUGCACGGGAACACUGCGGAGGCGGAAGAGUCUUUCACUAGCUUGUCGGAGUACCACGACUAUGAGCCCAGGCUGGAGUUCGACGACACGGAGCUGACGCAGCCCAUACCCAGCGAUGAUCUAGGAGGCCUACCACCUGAACUGUUAGAUAUACCGGACAACCUGCUGAAGCGGUCGGCCAGCGAUGGCACUAUUGAAGAAAACUUCGAGGAAGAACUGGCGACCAAACUUGAAGAAAUCUAUACUGAGAUAGCGGCAACGACAUUAGACGAUACCUUUACGGAGCUCGAUGACAGCGGGUUGGUCGAGGUCGUUGGAGAUGACGCGAUAGGGCGACGCAUCAUCGUGGUGUCCGCCUGCCGCCUGCCAUCGAACAAGGAGUUACCACCGGACAGACUACUCAAAUACCUGAUGUCCACCCUGGACAAAUACGUGGAACAAGACUACAGCCUGGUGUACCUCCACUGCGGGCUCACUAGGAGCAACAAGCCGCCCACUUCCUGGCUGUGGAAGGCCUACAAGGCCUUCGAUAGGAAAUACAAGAAAAACCUCAAGGCGCUGUACCUGGUCCACCCCACCAACUUCAUAAGAAUAGUGAUGCAGAUGUUAAAGCCGGUAAUCAGCGUGAAGUUCGGCCAGAAGGUCAUGUACUUCAACUACCUGCACGAGCUUCACCCGCAUGUCGAUCUGGACAAGUUAAGGAUACCGCAGCAGGUUUUAGAGUACGACCAACUGCUUCUCUCCAAAAACCCAAGAGCUGCCGAAGCGGCCAAACUGAUAUCGGAAAAACAACCGAUAACGGAACCCACGGACAAAACCAGUAAGGACGGGCUCUCGCCGCCGCCGACGCAACAGUUCGGGGUGUCACUGCAGUUCAUUAAAGAGAACAACUCUAAUAUGGUGGACGCCAUACCGCCUGUCGUGAGGCAGUGUGUCGAGUUCCUCUCACAGCCGGACGCACUAGAAACCGAGGGUAUAUUCCGUCGGUCGGCAAACAUCUCCGUUAUAAAAGAACUGCAAAGGCUCUGCAACCGAGGCGAGCCGAUAUCGUUCAGGAGCGACCCGCAUAACGCCGCCGUGUUGUUGAAAACAUUCCUUAGAGACCUUGAGGAGCCAUUGCUGACCUUUGACCUUUAUGAGGAAAUAUUGAAAUUUCAAUUGUGGUCGAACCGCGACAAGCCGAGGCAUGUCAAAAUAUUGAUUCUAGAAUGGCUUCCUCCAGACAACUACAAGCUUUUAAAAUACAUCAUCCAAUUUUUAUGGAAGGUCCAAGACCGUAGCUGUCUCAACAAGAUGACGAGCAGCAACCUGGCGGUGGUGUUUGGACCGAACCUGGCCUGGCCGCCCAACGGCCAGAUGUCGCUACAGGCCAUAGCGCCCAUCAACGCCUUUACCGACUUUUUACUCAAGAAUCAGGAGACUAUUUUCAUCAUUUAAAAGACCUGCAUGGUACAUACCUAACUAAAGUGACUAAACAAGAAAAGCCAGGAGGGUGUUGUAAAGAGAAACAGAAGAACUAAAAGCAUGGUUCGACUAACUGAGGACUAACAAGAAUGUCAAAAUUGAGAGCUGUUCUGCUGUCCGCUACAUUGACUAGAUUACAAUUUUGAGUACAAUGGGAUUGGCAAAUAUCAAAGCUUUGCAUAGAUGACGCUAUCAAAGUUUGUCCCUGAGAUUCGGCUUAAGAAGCUGGACAAAAAAAGUCUUUAAAAAUAUGUAUAAUAUAAAUCUUUAAAAUUGGGCAAUGAUGGCACCAUCUAGAAAAUAUUGCUAACUGAUCCCAUUUAUUAUGCAUAGUACGAGUCUGCGAAUUUACAUUUCAUUUCAUUUAUUAUGAACCAAACUUACACUAACAGAUAAACCAAACAUGUAAGUUACACUUCCAAUCGUUCUAAGUAUACGGCAGACAUUUACUAAAUAAGUAGCGAAGUCAAUACAUCAGUAGGCAUAUGUAAAUGGGAUGAGAGCCAUUACAUACAGGUCGAUUGACAAGUGACGCGCGAAUGAAAUUAAUUCUUGAAUGAAUGAUUAACCAAUAAAAUAAAAAAUUUGGGUGUAGUAUAGUGACACAGCCAAUAGCCUGGUCCACACAGAGUAAGGCACGCCGUGAGACAAUGUGCUCUCGCGGCAAGCGUCCAAUGUUGACGUGAAGCGACUGAGGCAGAUUGCUCGGCCGAGCGAAACGCGCCCAUGCCUCGGCCGAGGCACAUCUACAUAGCAUGCUUGCCGCGUGAGCACAUUGCCUCGCAGCGUGCCUUGCUCUGUGAGGACCCGGUUAAUGACAAUCGUUGACGCUAGAGCCGAUCAAAACGCAGUCUGGUUCUGUCACGCCAAUACAGAAGAGCGAUAGAGAUAGCUACGGUAACGACAUUAUUGAAAGCGUUUGUCAUUUGCCUACGUACCACAGGUGUUAUUCAUUACGCGCACAAUUUCGUUAAUUCCGAUUGAGCCUACUUUCGUGAAUCAACCUGUAUGUUUCGACAUUAUUAGUAAAAUUAAAAACUUACAUAGUCUUUAAAACAGGUUUUAGUUUGAGAUUGCUUGAUGCGAAUUGAUUUACGAUAAGGAGGCGCACUGAUAGGUGGCGCCACCUGGCGCGAUGAAAUGUCAGUUUUUUAUCCUAAUUGUAUUACUAUCGAACUUUGUACAAUAAACCAUCGCUGCUUUCAUGUUGUAGAUUCAAGGUAUUACACAUAGAUGUGGAAAACACACAUAGGAACUACUUAAUUGCUUAUGCGAUAAAGUUGUGGAUGGGUGAAUCAACUUUUUCUUGCCCGGUAUUGCCAUGGUUACGAUCCCCUGAGUCACGCUGGUCUUAUGUAAAAUUAUGCUACUUAUGCUGCAAACAUGCAUUUUUCUGGUGUUAACAAGCCCUUUCCUUAAUUUGCCACCUACAAACAUGGACUACAUGCAUGCUUGCAUAAUUUCAGUAGCAUAAUUUUUUUGUGCAUAAAACCAGUGUG